AUGGUUCUGCUGGACACUACGUUCAAAUAAUCAAUGCGCCAACAGUGAAUUAUCGUGCAGUUUGCUCUUUCUUGAAAUCUUCCCAUGGAAUUGUAAUUAGCAUUUGCUUAUUUCAUAUUUGUUGUUUGCCGCCCGGCACAAACCACCCAUCAUGGGUGCUGUACUCUCUUUUGUCACCGGCUUCGUCGCGCCGGUAUUUAUCAUCGUGUCGCCAAUUACCUCAUAUGCCGACCAGAUUGCUGCAAUAUACAGAUCGAAAUCGAGUGCUGGGUUUUCUCUUGAUAUACCACUUAUAAUGCUUGCUGCGUCGAUUCUUCGCGUGUUUUACUAUCCUGGAGCGCAAUAUGAUAUGUCACUCUUAAUCCAAGCAACCAUUAUGAUCAUAGUCCAAGUUAUUCUGCUACACGUCGCCCUCGAAAACAGGCCGUCACCUUCGUCCAAAGGGGGGGAAGCAUCACAACCAUUUGCGGGUAUAAAGGAUGGAGAGUCUGGCAAUGCCAGGCCGUACAACUUCUGGCAAUGGAGAUCCCCUAAACCAUAUUGGCAAUUCCUCCUCUACCUCAUCAUUACCCUCAUGGCAUGCGAGCUCAUGUUCGCCCCAUUCGGCUUCGCAUACGACUUCUAUUCGUCGACAAUUGGCUACCUCGGCCUGGCCAUUGAAGCGACGCUACCGAUUCCACAGAUAUUAGCAAACAACAGGACGCGCUCCUGCAAGGGCUUCCGCUUCUCAGUUCUGGUGAGCUGGAUUGCUGGAGAUGCAAUGAAGAUGCUGUGGUUCUUCACCGCCACUACGGAGAUCCCAUGGGCGUUCAAAUUCUGCGGCAUGUUCCAGGCAUGCUGCGAUUCGUUCCUCGGCGUACAAUACUUCAUGUACGGCACCGGGGAGGCGGUUCCGAGCCACGCUCACAGUGGUAUUUCGAUACCGAGAUCUCCCAGAGCGGUCCAUAUACCCAUGUUGGAGAAAGAUGAUCGCUUAGACUGAAGAGAGAUCCGGUCCAACUGGGACUGAGUGUAUUAUAGAAGCACGACAGGCGGGUGUAUACAUGCCGUGCGAUGCUGCGGUGCCAUACGACUGAGACGGCCUCCAGAAGGUGAUUAGUUCAUUGUAUUAUGACUGACUGUUGUUAGUUCGGUAUAGGAGUUUGUAGAUGGAUAUAGUUGACAAGAUGAUGAUUAGAAUAAUAAUAUAAGCGCGUAGACGCGAAGGUUGCAAUAACCUUGGUUGUUUUGAAGUACAGCCCAGAGAGUCCGAGUCAUGCCUAGUAUUGAAAGCG